GCGCUCCGCGCGCCUCCGCCGACCCCCGCCCCGGCACCGGUCGCCCAGCGAGGGCCGAGGCGGGGCCGCAGGGAGGUUCCCCCAAAGGGAUGCUCUCGCCCGAGCGGCGACACCAGCCCCGCUCGCCCCUCGCCGCCGCCGCCGCGCCGCACCCGCCGACGGCCGCCGACAUGGCCCUCUACUGCGGCGACAACUUCGGCGUGUACUCGCAGCCCGGCCUGCCCCCGCCCGCCGCCGCCGCCGCCCCGGGCGCCCCGCCGGCCUCCAGGGCGCCCUACGGGCUGGCCGACUACGCCGCGCCGCCCGCCGCCGCCGCCAACCCCUACCUGUGGCUCAACGGGCCGGGCGUGGGCGGCCCGCCCGCAGCCGCCGCCGCCGCCGCCGCCGCCGCGUACCUGGGCGCCCCGCCGCCGCCGCCGCCGCCGCCGCCCCCCCCCGGGGGCGCGGCCGGGCCCUUCCUGCAGCCGCCCCCCGCCGCCGGCACCUUCGGCUGCGCGCAGCGGGCCUUCGCGCAGCCCGCGCCCGCCGCGCCCGCCUCGCCCGCGGGGCCCGCCGCGCCCGGCGAGCUGGGCUGGCUGUCCAUGGCCAGCCGCGAGGACCUGAUGAAGAUGGUGCGGCCGCCCUACUCGUACUCGGCGCUCAUCGCCAUGGCCAUCCAGAGCGCGCCCGAGCGCAAGCUCACGCUCAGCCACAUCUACCAGUUCGUGGCCGACAGCUUCCCCUUCUACCAGCGCAGCAAGGCCGGCUGGCAGAACUCCAUCCGCCACAACCUGUCGCUCAACGACUGCUUCAAGAAGGUGCCCCGCGACGAGGACGACCCAGGGAAGGGGAAUUACUGGACCCUCGAUCCAAACUGUGAGAAAAUGUUUGACAACGGGAACUUCCGUCGGAAGCGGAAGCGCCGCUCCGAAGCCAGCAGCUCCUCCGCGGCGGCCCCAGGGACCACAAAAUCGGAAGACGGGCUCUCCUCAGGAUUGGGGUCGGGAGUGGCCGCGAAGCCGGAAGGGGACAGCCCGACGGCUUUGCUAAGGCCGUCCCAGUCCCCAGAGCCUCCCGAGGGCACCAAGAGUACCGCCUCGUCCCCGGGAGGCUCCCUGCUCACCUCCACCCCCUGCCUCAACACCUUCUUCAGCAGCCUCAGCACCUUGAGUGUCAGCGGCAGUGGGGGCACCCAGCGGGCCCUCCCUGGCGGCCGCCACCUGGGGAUCCAGGGGGCCCAGCUGCCCUCCAGCAGCGCCUUCCCCCCCAGCUCGGUCUCGGAAGCCGCGCCGGACACCUUGCCACUGAGCUCCGGCGCCAGCAGCAGCAGCCAGAGGCCUUCCUACUGCAGCCCUUUCCCUGCCGGCUCCAGCGGGGGGCAAAGCAGCCCCUUCAGCAGCCCUUUCUACAACUUCAGCAUGGUCAACAGCCUCAUCUACCCCCGCGAGGGCUCCGAGGUAUAGGACGGGCCAGCCUCAGCUUCUCAGACUUGAAUAUGCGCACCUGAGAUCUUGUUAAAUGCAGAUUUCCCAGGCAGUAGGUCUUGGGGCAGGAAGGGAGGCUCUGCCUCUCCCUGGAGCCCCGCGUGAUCCCGUGGGCCCACUGGCCACAUCUGGAGGCGCACGGGAGUCGUAGAUGAUUCUUUCUACAGCCCAGCAAGCUUUCACAGGUUUCUUCUGGAGAAGGGCCUCCCUGGAGAGAAAGCCACCUCUGUUCUGGGCCAGUACCUGCGAGCCCUGGGAGGGCCUGGACCGCGUCUGUUUUGUUCAUUGCUGUAUAUCAGGGUUACAAGCUCAGAUGUGCCCACGGGGCAGCUAAGAAACAAAAGAAUGAAGUGUCUUGGGUAGGAAAAAAGGUCGCAGUUGGUAACUGCAGCAGUGGGGAGCGGUCGCGACUGACCAGCUGAAGACCGCUGUGGGCAGCUAGUUCUUUCCUGCCUGGCAGCAUCUUGAUUUUUCUGGAAAAGUCAGGUGUCUGGAUUUUUUUUUUUUUUUUUUUUUUUUUUUUAGAAAACCUCCAUUUGCCUUCUUUGCCACCAGUUAAAGUUCUUAAAAUACUGUACCAGGAAACACCACAAAUCCUCCGAGCUACAUCCAGCUCACAGAUCACCUCUGCUGAGGCUCCGCUUCUGGGACUCGGUGGAUACUAAUAGCAAUAGAACUGCCCAGGCAAGCUCUGUGCCGAGUGCCAUUUCAGACAGACACUUGACGUGUGAUCCCACAACAGCCUUGGAAGAUCAGUAUUAUUACUGUCCCUGUGCUCUCUGUAUGAGGCCAGUGCAUCUCCCAAGAUGUCACACAGAAGUCGAGGAGCCAGGAUCAGGUCCAGGCAGUCUGGCUCCAGAGCUGGUGCUGUGGAUUUGUUCUGGUCCUGA